AUGGAGGAAAUGGAAAUGGAGGAAAUGGAAUUGGAGGAAAUGGAAAUGGGGGAAGUGGAAAUCAGGGAGAUCCGUCUAGCGGAAACACCGCAAUUUAGGAUUCUAGCAGGUUCACCCGAAGAUGAUGUAUUUUUAGAUGUAGAUGGACUUGAUGGAAAUGGAGGAAGUGGAAAUGGAGGAAGUGGACAUGGGGGAAGUGGAAAACCGGUAGAUCUGUCUAGCGGAAACACCGUUGGAAAUGGCUCGAGUGGUAGGCAAUUUAGGAUUCUAGCAGGUUCACCCGACGAUGAGGAACUUUUAGACGUAGAUGGACUUGAUGGAAAUGGAGGAAGUGGACAUGGGGGAAGUGGAAAUCAGGGAGAUCCGUCUAGCGGAAACACCGGUGGAAAUGGCUCGAGUGGUAGGAAAUUUAGAAUUCUAGGAGGUUCACCCAACAAUGAUGAAGUUAUAACGGUAAUUAUAAUUGAUACAGAUGGAAAUGGAGGCGGAGGAAAUGGAAUUGAAGGAAAUGGAAGUGGUGGAAGCGGAAAUAAUGGAGACCAAUCUGGCGGAAAUACCGAUGGAACUGGCUCUAACAGUAGAAGUCUUAGGAUUAUGGCAGAGGAAGACUCAUCACCAGGUGAUACAAAUUAUGAGUCAGAUGGAGGAAGUGGCGGAGGAGGAAGCGGAAAUAAGGAAAAUACAGCACAAGGAAAAUGUGAUGGUGAGGGAUCGACGACUGAACAACCUAGUCCUUUAUCAGAAGUGAACCAACCAAAAGAGAUCAUCAAAGGAUCAGAUGAAUCAGGGGAAGGUGAGUUUGGUGCACCAGAGAGAGGUGACCAAAGGGGUGAACGAAAUGGAGAAAAUAAUACAGAUGAAAGAAAUGGUGUACUUUUAUCAAGUGCUAGUUUGUCCUCUACAGAUGGGGUGCAAAACAACGAAGUGGGAUAUAAGGAGAAAGAGAAAGAGAAGGGGCCGGAGAAAGAGAAAGAAAAGGAAAGACUGUCGACAUAUCUGACGGACCGCGUUGAAAUAUUGACUAGUGGAGACAGCACCAAAGAAGUGAAGGCAGCGUCGGAGACAGAACAGGGAGGACAGGACCGAAGUCCGAGUGGGAAGGUGGACAUGUUACCCCGAUUUGGAAAGUACGAAAUAGAUGAGGAGGAGGAGGAAAAAGAAGAAGAGGAGGAUGAAGAGGAGGAUGAAGAGGAAGAUGAGGAGGAAGAAGAGGAAGAAGAGGAGGAAAAAAUCAAGAAGAACGAAAUAUAUAAGAGUAAGUACUACUCCUAUGACAUAAACGAAGCGACUCAAUCGGUGAAUAAGGUUGCUGAUGUUAAUAUCGGUUCGGCUCCUGAUAGAAGGACGAGGAAGCUGAAGCGCCUUAUUAAGGGCAGUUCCGGUGAGUGGGGGGAUGCCCUGAAGUCGUCCAGUUUGGCUAACUACAGAAAUUAUGGGAAUUAUGCGGGUUUCUCCAGUCAGUUUGCUCUUCCCAAGUACGCUGCUUCUCCCAAGUAUGCUGCUUCUCCCAGCUAUGCUGCUUCUCCCAACUAUGCUGCUUCUCCCAAGUACGCUGCUUCUCCCAGCUAUGCCAACUACAAGCAGCUGUUCAGCGAAAGCGCGUACAUAUACAGGAAGGGCAACUACUACUUUAUCAAUCCGAGCCCGUUUAGUAUAGUCAAAAUGAAGCAGCAAGAAGGGUUGAGACCCCAUAAAGGCAGCCGCGAUUACGUGGACUGUUACGCCACCUGGCUUAGCAGCAAGCAUAACUCCACACAGGGAAGCGAAUAUGCCCAUAAACAUAUAAAGCAAAUAGAAGAACUAAUCCCCGGUUCUUUAACAGGUUUUAGAAACGACGAUGGGUAUGAGAGAUUACUUGUACCUUCAUUUGUCCCAGAAGACACAUUUUUGCAUUGCAUUUUUAGAAGUGAGUCAUAUCAUGGAAUGCUGGAUGCAGAGAGUCACAUUAGUCGAAAUGAAUCAUACCCCAUGAAAAUUUUUUUGAAAAAAAAUUUAAACAAAACAAAAGGAUGCUCUUUUCAAGUGAACGAAGGAAACAUACUUUACAAGGAGUAUGCAGAGAGAGAGUCAUUCCUCACGACGAAAAUAAUUUUGAAUGAAAAAAACAGGACCAACAAUGACUGUGUGAUACACGCGUUUAACGAAAUUGUAGGUUUUCAAUGUGGACCACCUUACAGAAUGAACAAAAAGGAAAAGAACACUAAGGACGAUUAUAACUUGAGUAGUGAAAAGAAAGAAAAUAAUUUGAUUAGUCAAGGUGUAUCCAAAGGAGAAUUUUUUAGAACUGAUCCUCCUUACUGCUUUGAGCAUGUGAAUGAAAAUCAAAACGUGGUGGAUCUUUUGCCCGACAGUUUCCCCUUCCCGAGUUCGAAUAUGUUGGCUGGACAGAUCCAAGCAAACCAUACGAGGUAUAUAAAAGUGGAUAAAUUCAGUGAGAGCAAAAGUAUUGCAUGCUACUGCAACUACUAUAAGGAGAACAACGUCAUGUACUCAGGAAAGAUAAUCAUAAGAGUGGAACGUAGCCACCAGGCGCAAUUGAGUAGCAAAGGUGGUCACCUGAGGCAGUCAGAUGAAAAGGUAAAUUUUGCAGAGGGGGUAGAUAAGAAGAACAGCGCUGCUAGGGAAGAUAUGCAUCUGCUCCCAGAAAAAAGUAGCUCACACAGGAGAAGAAACUACGACAGUGGUAAUGGAAGCGGUGGAAGCGGUGGUAGCGGCGGAAGCGGCGGUAGCGGCAGGGGCAGUGCACACGGUGGGGAGAAGAAAGGGGCGGCUUCCACCGAUUACACGGCGGACAAGACAAGGAGAAACUUCGUCUCCAAUUUUAACUUCAAACAGAAGGAAGGAAUAAACAGCAUUUUCUACAAAAAGAAUAGGGGGGUAUCAACUGUGAGUUAUGACGUCAUCCAUCGAUUCGGCGACAAAUUCAAGGGCGAGUAUGUUGAGGAGCUGCCCCUGGAGGAUGCCUACGCGGACGAAGGUGGCUCGGGUGGAGGUGCCUACACCGACUUGGAUGGCGAAGCUGGACCACACGAGUAUGACGAUCAGUACAGAGACGCGUACACAGAUGAGCAUUCCGAUCCGGAUGGAGACCCCUACGACGACGAGUAUAUCGAUGCGCCCACCGAUACGUAUAGCAAUCUCGAGGGCGAUGUCGAUGGAGACGUCCUUUUCGACUUGGACGACUAUCUCAUGAAUGAAAACGCACCCUCCAAAUAUAAGCCCUUGGACAAAAGCGUCGAUCUGCAGGACAGUAUCAUGCAUGCUGGAGAGUCCCAAACCAUUACAGUGAUUAACAAGUCUAAAAAUGUUAAGCUGGUGCUGCCAAAACUGAAAGCAAAGAAAAAGACGUACGGAGAGGAUCGGGAGUUCCCCUACCCUAAAGUGAUCUCACUCGUUUAUGAAGAGAAAGCGAACAAACAUGAGAAGGUGAACAAAUCGCUCAAACUGUUUAGGGAGUUCUUCCCUCCUGUGCUUAGGGAGGCUGAAGGUGGGGUGGACGCGAAGAAGAACGUGGAGAUGGAAGAAGGAGUGGACGAUGAAGGGCAGGAUGAGGACGACGUGGGGGAAUUGAUAAAAUGGGAGGAUCGGAAGGAUGGAAAGGCUGAUAGAGAAGGAAGGGAUGUAACAGACGGGAAGGACAAAAUAGACCGGAAAGAUGGGACGGACGGGAAGGACAGGAAAGACCUGCGCGAUUUCAUACACCAAGCAUUCAGCAAAGUGCAGAAAAAUAAAACGAAUAAUACAAUCGAUAGAGAGAUAAGCGAUUCUGAGGACGACCCCAGUGGGGAGAAGCAUGACAGCGAAAGAGACUCAUUAUCUGCAAAAGACGAAAACGUACUGAUGAGGAAACGGAGGCGCCAUGAGAAGGAUUCACCCUGUGGUGAACAACCCUCACAGAAAAAAGGAAGAUCACGGAGAGAGGUGAAGCGAGAGGGGCAAACGAAACGGGAAAAUAGUACCAAAGAUGAAAAACAAGGAAACGAUUCAAGUGCUGCAGAGGGUGAUAAGCACAGGGGAGAACCCACUAAGGAGAAAAAGGAAAAUAUGGAAGAAAUCAGGGACGAACAAGCUGCAGAACGGCGAGGUGGAGAUGAGGGUGAUCAAGUUGAGGGACGAAAUAAACAGGUGGAGGAUUCAAAGAAUGGGUGGAGCCCAGCUAAGGAGGAAACUGACCGGAUGAAUGGCGAAAUAGGUGAGGGAAAAAAAUCAGAUAAAGUGGAUGAAGAAAAAGGGGAAGAGGACGAGAAGAGUGAGGUGAAAAACACAGAAAAUGGUGAAGCACAGGAGAAGAAAAAAUCCAGCGGAAGGAGGAAAAAAAGGAUGAGAAAAAGAAUGAGAGAGAAUCCCCAAAGGAGAUGA